UUCCUGGCUACAAUUACACCAUGAAGACAAAAGAACACUCCAGGCAAUGCAGAGAAAAGGUUAUUGAAAACUAUAAUUCAGGGGAUGGAUACAGAAAAACUUCCAAGUCUCCUCUGGAAUUCAGUCAAAUCCACCAUUGAAAAAAUGGAAGGAAUAUGGCACUUGUGUAAAUCUGUCUAGAGCAGGCCGUCCUCACAAACUGGGCGACCGCACAAGAAGGAGACUACUAAAGGAGGUCACCAAGACAUCUACUCUAAAAGAGUUAAAAGCUUCAGCAGCUGAAAUGGUAGAGACUCUGUAUAGAACAACUGUCCUGCCCAGGUUCUUCACCAGUCAAAGCUUUAUGGGAGAAAGCCACUGCUGAAGAAAGCGCAUAUUAAAUCUCAACUAGGGUUUGCCAAGAUGCAUGUGGGAGACUCUGAAGUCCACUGGAAGAAAGAAAAACUGAGCUUUUUGUCCAUCAGUCCAGAUGCUAUUUUUGGUGGACACCAAUCACUGCAUGUCACCCAAAGCACACCAUCCCCGCCGUGAAGCAUGGUGGUGGUGACAGCAGCAUGCUGUGGGGUCGCUUCUCAGCAGCAGGCCCUGAACGGCUUGUAAGAGGAUACAACUAGUGCAGCAAAAUAGAAGGAAAUCCUGGAGGACAAGCUGAUUCAGUUUGACUUGGGAGAGGAUUUAUUUUCCAUCAAGAAAGAGACCCAAAGCAUACAGCAAAAGCUACACAGAAAUGAUGCAGCCCCACCUGACAGAGCUUGAGCAAUUUUGCAGAGAAGAUUGGUGUGCAAGCCUGAUUGAGACCUUCCCAAUGCUGUGAUUGCGGCCGAAGGCGGGAGUUCCGUCUGGGCAUGUCAGGACAGGAAAAACACACUCCCUCUCUCUCUCAGGGGAAACUGCUGCUCACAUUUCUCAAUGGACUUGCAUGGAGGAGCGUAGGCUGCGUGAUUGUUGUGUUUCGGGAAAGGUGGGCGUGCCGUAGUAUAUGUAUGAAAGCCACGUGAGGGACCACAGAGAGCCACAAGACGCAGCUUUACGCACAGAGAGCCACAAGACGCAGCUUUACGCACAGAGAGCCACAAGACGCAGCUUUACGCACUUGUCAGUUUUCGAUUAUCUCCUGAAAGAAGACAUGAUGCUGCUGAGGACUUUCGCCCUUUGGCUGCUCUUGGCCUUACUCGGACAACAGGUCUCUCAGUCCUACAGUGAGUCCAGUAAGAACCGACGAGCGAACAAGACCGUGACCCCAGCCCCGGGCAGGGCGCAGAGGAACGGCAAGCCUGCAGCGAAAGGCCGGGGAAAGUUCUCCAUCAACAGGCCCCUAAGUGAUGCCAAGAUGCAGUGCACGUGGGCGGCGAAAGACGUCGCGGACUCUGUCAGACUGUCGGUCAAAUGCGAGAAUCCGGAGGCGCGCAUCAAAGGCGGAACCACAAAUUUGUGGUGUGAGUACAACGCCAAACCUCAACGCUGCCCGGGCUACCUGUCCGACCCAAAGGGCUUCUGGAAACAGGUGGCCCGCGCUUUCAAAAGGAUGCAAGACAAAGUGUGCGUUGAUGAGCGCGCGCUGGUGAGGGCCGGCAUGUGUAAGCGCGCGCCACGGGAUGCGCACUUCAAGCUGGAUGUCCUCAGCUCUGUUGCCUCCGCUCAGUCUGGAGAACCGGAGAUUCCCAAGCCGCGACCACCUCGCCCCACCUCCACCGCUGCGGGUUCGCCCAGACCCACAACCUGCACAGGGCGCCCGAACAUCCGGGAAAAAGCCGAAGAGCAGUGCGGCAGCUCGUGGGCCAGCCUGUGCACUUUCGUCUUCUCCAUGCUGCAAAGCGACGACUGUUAGCUGCAGAUCCCAGGACGCGAUGAGAGCGACUGCAGGACUCUGGCACGGUAGCCUCUGUCAAACUCAUUUUCAACCAAUAAUAGUUAGAUAUUCUCUCCAUUUGCAUUUAAAGACGGUUACCUUGGGGCAUUUGUUACAUUACUGAUGCAGAUGUGGAUAUUAUCUGGUAUUUAUCAGAUGUUCUGAAUGUGACUCAGGCCAUCUGAACUGAGUAUACUGUUUUAUUUCUAUUAAAUGUAGUAAUUUAUCACCAGUGGUGGGAAGUAACUACGUAGCUUUUGCAGUACUGUCUUAAUUUUGAGGCACUUGUAGACUUUUACUUUUAGUAUUUCAGUUUUAAGGCUACUUUAUAUUCCUUUAUCCUUAACUACAUCUUAUCUGGCAGUUGUAGUUACUCUUCAGAUUUCACUGUUCAUCCAAGCGUAGAAUUAGAUUAUAAAUUGUGAUGUAUUGUUCUAGAUUAACUACCCAGCAGUAGAUAAAGUAGGCAAAAAUGAGCUGGCCUUUCACCCACAGAUGCAACAAGUCAGUGAUGACCACUUUAACAUGGAUACAAACAUGGAAACCAGGUGUAUUUGAGUAAAAUAAUAAAUAAUAGAGAAUUUUCAGUGUGGUUUUUUUUUUUAAUUAUUAUUAUUCAAGCAAACGACCUGAGCACAACACUUAUCAACUGCUGAAUGAUUAUAGUAGAGUGAUACUUUCUUCUACCUCUUGUUCAACCUUAUCAAUCAACCAUGUAAACACCGCUGUACUGUAUUUAUGUACCACAAAUAAAUGUUUUAUACUUAUA